AGUUGCAAAUACCAAAAGCUCUUCAGGAUGGGGGAGGGAGUGGAGCCUAUAUAUGUGGACCUUGCCUCCGAGAGUGACGAUCCACAUGUCACCAUAAUUGAAAGCCUCUGUCUGCGUUGCCAAGAAAUGGGAACCACCCGUCUGCUGAUGACCCGAAUCCCGCACUUCCGCGAGGUCAUCCUAACCUCCUUCGACUGCUCCCACUGCGGCCACCACAACACAGGCUUCCAACCGGGCCGAGUGCAGGAGCUGGGGGUGCGCUACGAGCUGGCCAUCAAGGAGGCACGGGACCUGAGUCGUCAGGUGGUCAAGUCGGACCACGCCACCUUCAGCAUCCCCGAGGUGGAGCUGGAGAUCCCGGGAGAUGGCGAGAAGGGAGAGGUGACCACAGUUGAAGGGAUCAUCCGGCGCACGAUUGAAGGGCUAAACCAGGACCAGUCUGCUAGAAGGCUGAUUAAUCCCGAAGUUGCCGAACAGAUUGAGAUCUUUAUGGAUAAGCUAACUUCCCUCCUGUCACUAGAGGAGCCCUUCACGAUAGUUGUGGAUGACACCACAGGCAACAGCUUUGUGGAGAACCCCUUUGCCCCCAAACCAGACCCGGAGCUGAAGAAAAAGAAUUACAGAAGAACAGCCGAGCAGAACGCGGCUCUCGGCCUGCAGGAGGUGGAAUCGGAGCUGACGGCCGUCCAGGAAGCGGAGGAGGAAGAGGAGGAGGAGAAGGAAGAGGGGGAGGGAAAUGGAGAGGGAGAAGGAGAGGAAGGCAAGGAAGAGGAAGAGGAGGAGAAGGAAGACAUCAAGAACGAAGUGUUGAGCUUCUCCACGCUGUGCGAUCGGUGCUCUAAGCCCGUCGAGACCAAGAUGAAGGUCACGCAGAUUCCGUACUUUCAGGAGGUCAUCAUCAUGGCCACCCACUGCGAGAGCUGUGGGAACCGCACUAACGAGGUCAAGAGCGGCAGCGGAAUCCACGAGAAGGGCAAGAAGAUCAGCCUGAGGAUCACCGACCCGACCGACCUGGCCCGCGACGUCCUCAAGACCGAGACCUGCACCGUGGAGAUCCCCGAGCUCGACCUCUACAUCGGGAGUGGGAUCCUCGGCGGGAAGUUCACCACCCUGGAGGGCCUGGUGACAGACAUCCGCGAGGACCUCAAGAGCAACCCCUUCCUCUCAGGAGAUUCCUCCCAGAGCGAACGCAGGGCCCUGAUGGAGAAGCUCACGGACGACUUGACUUCGGUCAUAAAUGGAGAACUCCUGGUAACGAUCACCAUGGAUGACCCAGCCGGCAACAGCUACUUGCAGAAUGUCUAUGCCCCUGAUGACGACCCAGAGAUGACAGUUGAGGAGUAUGAGCGCACCUUCGACCAGAACGAAACCCUGGGACUGAAUGACAUGAAAACAGAGAACUACGAAGAGGAAACAGUCGAGUCCAAGGCGGUGGUAGCAUGAUCAUCAAUCCCUGUCUAGCACUGUUUAUUGUCGUCUUUGUUGUUAUUUAUAGCAAUAGUUAUGAUAAUUGGUGAUGAUGCUUGUGCAGAGCUAUUUAAGAUGUAAAUAUGAAAGGCAAGGAGUAGUUUAUUCUCAAUUCAAAUAGUUGUUUGUUACAAUUAUGUGUUGAUGAAAGGAGAGAGAGAGAGAGAAAAAAAAAAUAACCAAAGAAAA